AUGGGCCGAUUUGAUCAAAUAGGAUUCUUCCCGUACACAUUUAACGAUGCUCACAAAUUAGUCAUCUUGUUCCAGAAGGAUAUCAGUGAAGGCCUCGAGGUCCUCACAGACUUUGGAGCGAUGAAGAACGAAUAUGAGAUGAACGGCUACUAUGCUGCCAUUAGAUCGUUUACCAAUGCUACAAAAGGAGUAUUUGAAGGAAGUUGUUAUGCAGGAGUUCAAGCAUUCCAAGAUUUUGGAGUGGACAACUUGUAUGGUUGCUACCAAUCAGGCCUCAAGAACAUCUUCAAGAAUGAGGACUAUAGAGUCCUUCAUCACGAGACCGAUGGGACAAUGAAUGUGUUUUACCCCCUCAAGUUUUAUGUGGAUAGUGACAGACUCAAUCAAGAUCUUAGGACUGAAGACGAUCCUGACUUUAAAGAACUUGUCUGGCACACUUUUGAGUCAUUGCAGGAGACUGCUGUGGUUGGCAAGCUUAUGGUUAAAGAUAAGCAACUAUUCACUGAGGUUGCACAAGAGCUGACUGGACUCCAGGAUGAUUAUACAAGCUAUUUAGUUAAUCUAGAACAAUGCAUGCAAGACGGAUCUAAUCCGGAUGGAAUCAAAAUGUGUAAGGUAUCUCUACCCACUUAUGGGAUGCUCUUUACUGAGCCAAGGGAGCAAUGGAGAUACCAAUACGCAGGCAUGUAUAUUCCUGCCUUGAUCGAUAAUCAUGAAACCUGGAAAGUCUACCACUGCUUCGAUGGAGAAUAUCCGAAUGAAGACGAGCUUAAAUCUCUAAAGGGUCUUGUCAUACCAGGUAACGAAGAUGACCCAGAUGAUGAUUUUGAGUAUUUGGUCAAGGCCAAAGAGAUGAUCAAGCUGAUACACACUGAUUACCCUAACAUUAAAGUUUUUGGAAGUUGUGCAGGCCACCAGCUGAUCGCAGCUAGUCUUGGAGGAGAGUGUGCAAAGUUAGAUCUCACUUCUCCGAUGGUAUUCGGAAAAUUCCCAACUAAAGUAACAGAUGAUAUGAGAGAGAUGCCUGAGUUUGAACAAGCCUUCGGCAAGGAUUAUCAAAAUGACAGUAUAUGAGUUUUGAGGUCUCAUGGCUGGAUCGUAUCUAAGCCUCCACCAGGGGCUGUCGUACUCGGUGAAUGUGACUAUGGAGCCAACGACAUCAUCAGAGUGUCUUCUCAGAUGCUAUCAACCCAAUGCCAUCCUGAAUUCACAGAGAAGUUUGAAGAACAUCAUGAGAUAAUUCCAAUGACCAAGAGCAAGUACCUGACUGAGACUGACAAGGUCGAACAGCUAGCCAAUAUUUAUAAAGAAGGUAUCCAUUCUCAAGGCGAUCAGUUCUUAGAGUUUAUUAGGUGCUUUUUCAAGAACUCAUAAUAAUUUCAAUCC